UCCAGAAGUCCCUGCUCCACGCUCCACCCCUGGUGUUCCUGUUUUCCAGGUCUUUGUCCCCGGAACUUGCACUCACUCCUGGGUGUCCACUAGGGUUUUUCUUUUUUUUUUUGGUUUUUCCUCCUGCUCGCAUCUGGAUCCCAGUACGACCAGCACACAGUCCAGUGUCCUGUCCGACAGGGAAAAACCACCCCACGGCCCUCAAGUUUGGAAAAAGAAAGCGAGAGAGAGAAAAAAGAAAAAGGAAAGAAAGCGAAAGAGAAAAAGAAAAACAGCUUCACUGCAACUUUGCACCGUGUGAGCCUCUCCUCCCGUGUGUCUCCUGCCGCCGGAGCCGUGCAGCAGCAGCAGCAGCAGCAGCAGUGUGUGCGCCUCAGAUUCCUGCCUGCACUUACACAAAAAAGAAAAAACUUUUCCCCCCCCAUGUUUUAAAACUAAAACCUUUUUUUUUUUCUUCUCUCGAUUGAGUCUGGAACUCGACACUUAAAGUACACAUCCGUACUUUUUAAACGGACGUUUACGGUUAUUUUCGGUGUUUUUUUUUCCUUCUUUCCCUCCCCUCCAGAAGUCUCACAGCCGGCCUCAGAGCUGUGGAUGAAGGAUCUGUUGAGCUCCAGAGCGCAGCGCGUCUCCAUGAGGAACCCCGGCGUGGGAGUCGCUGAAACUUCGUCCUAGGCUGCGCACACCUGAGCGACUUUAUCCACACACACAUACACACAUAUAUACAUAUAUAUAUUUUUAUACACACUUUGUAGGCUUUUUUUUAAACUGCCACGCCAUGAAGACGCUGUCGGUGCUGUGCGUCGUGUGCACGCUGGUCGUGUUGUCGGUGUCGAUGACUGCGGAGCAAAAGUUGAAAAACUGCAACGACGUGCGCGACGCGUACAGCUCCAAAGGCUUCAACGUCAACGACGUGCCCGACAUGGGAGUCACCGGAGCCCCGUUGAAAGUGUGUCCGCAGGGUUUCUCCUGCUGCACGCUGGAGAUGGAGGAGAAGCUGAGCCAGCAGAGCCACACGGAGAUCAAAGCUCCCGUCUCCAGGCUUAGCACCAACCUACAAUCCACCUUCAGACAGAGGCACGACCACUUUGACAAGUUUUUCCGUGAGCUUUUGAAAAAUGCAGAGGUCUCGCUGCACAGCAUGUUCGUGCGAACGUACGGGAUGAUGUACGUGCAGAACGCGGAGCUGUUCAAGAAGUUCUUCGAGGCCCUGACGCGGUACUACGCGUCCGGCAGCGGCGCCGUCAACCUGGACUCCAUGCUGUCGGACUUCUGGAACGACCUCCUGGAGAGGAUGUUCCGGCUGGUCAACGUGCAGUACGAGUUCAGCGACGCCUACAUGGAGUGCGUCAGCCGGCACACGGAGCAGCUGCAGCCCUUCGGAGACGUCCCCCGCAAGCUCCGCAUCCAGCUGACACGGGCCUUUGUGGCCUCGCGCACCUUUGUGCGAGGCCUGAUGCUCAUCCCAGAAGUGGUCAAUAAAGUUUCUAAGGUCAGUGCCUCUCCCAGCUGUGUGCAAGCGUCCAUGAAGAUGUUGUACUGUCCCUACUGCUCGGGCCAGGUGGCCCUGAAACCCUGCCAGAAUUACUGUCUGAACGUGUUGCGUGGGUGUCUGGCCAACCAGGCCGACUUGGACACCGAAUGGAACAACUUCCUGGAUGCCAUGCUUGGUCUAGCCGAGAGGCUCGAAGGUCCGUUUAAUUUUGAGUCCGUCAUGGAUCCCAUCGACGUGAAGAUCUCAGAUGCCAUCAUGAACAUGCAGGAGAACAGCAUGCAAGUGUCGCAGAAAGUUUUCCAAGGAUGUGGGCAGCCCAAACCAAGCGUGGCCUUCCGUUCCAAACGUUCCAUCAAAGAUACAGGAUUUAGCGGACGCUUCCGCCCUUACAGUCCCGAUGCUAGGCCCACUACCGCUGCCGGGACCAGUUUAGAUCGACUGACAAACGAUGUGAAGAAGAAGCUGAAAAAUGCCAAAAAGUUCUGGUCCACAUUGCCAGAGACCUUUUGUGCAGGUGAGAGGAUCGCACCUGGGGACGACUGCUGGAAUGGAACAGCAAAAAGCAGGUACGAGUCAGUUGUCAUUGGCAACGGCCUGGCCAAUCAGGUGUCGAACCCUGAUGUGGACGUGGACAUAACAAAGCCAGACAUUGUGAUUCGCAGUCAGAUUGCAGCGUUGAAGGAAAUGACAAGCUGGCUCAAAGCUGCACACAGCGGCAACGACAUCUCUAUUGAUAACGAUGAGGAUGCCAGUGGUGGGGAGGAGAGCGGCAGCGGCUGCGACUCUCCGUCCUGCGACACAGACCGGGACAUCUACUUCUCCACUCCACCGAACCCCCCCAAACCCGCUGACGAGGAAAGGGUGAGGGGGGUUGAUCCCUCAGGCGGGGGUGUCGCCUCACAGGGGAGCAUGGCGCUGGCGCUCUGCGGGCUGGCCCUGGCCCUGCUCGCCCCCCACUUGAGAUAAAACUGGCUGGGCAAGAAGAGGAAAAGAACGACCAGGAAUGACGGAGCGAAGGAGAAAACUGUCAGAGACUUUAAAAAGACUGCCUUCAGGACCUUGGACUGUCCGCCAUUUGGGGAGGGGGGGGAGACUCUUCUUAAUAUUACAAUAACUUCACUUUUAAUUAUUUGUAUGUUUUUAAGGACAUCAGUGUACAGCAAUACGAUUUUCUUCCCAAGAACUCCACCUUUCCCCCCCCCAGAUAAACCUUUACUCCUUAUGGCUCUUUUGGAGCUACACUAUGGUUCUGCUUGCAGCAUUACGAACAUCAUACAAUUGUCCUAUUUUGGCAGUUAUAUCUUAUAAUACAUUUUUGUGCCUUCUUCGGUGAUCGCCUAAAUAGUUACCCAGAUGUUUGGUUGAACAGUGAGUGCCUGCGGUGGGACAUAUCUUCAUAUUUCUGAGGAUGUUCUUUCUAAUAAUUAUUCAGAUUGUUGUUAUGAAUGCUAACAAUCAUUUGAAUGCGCACUCUGUGAAUGUUUGUGUCUGUGCAUUUAUACAUUUGCAUCCAUCAACCAGUCAGAAAUAACGGAGCUAGCUGUAAUACAGUGAGAGAAGUUACAGCACAAUUUAUGUUUGACCUGGAGAUGGAAUCAUCCUUUAGAAGAGCUUUUGGGACGCUCUGCAAGCCCAAAAUGCAUAUUGUUUUCCUGCCAUGAGCAUUAUCACAACCUAACUUUUUUUUUUCCAUUUUCCUUUUAUACAUUUUUAAUUAAGCUUCCUCAGCACAAACAGUUUAAUAGUAAAGGUGGUACCUCACGCAUGCUCUCACUGUCAAUGCAAUCUAGUGAUGUUGAGUUGAAAGUGUCUGAUAGAUUGGAGAUAUGUGGCUGACGUCCUGGUGAAAGGUAACCGGCGUGGAGGGAGAAGGACUCCCCCUGGCAUUGAUCCUAAAGAAGGCAGAGCUGACGAGUCCUGAAUGCCCUUUUUUGGUACUGUAAGCUCAGUUCAGCACAGACGAUCUGACUCUACACAGUCUUGUUUGAAAAGAGAAGUUGGCGACAUGUACGUUCAUAAAGCAAGAGAAGAGGAACAAAAAGACAGUGCUAUGAUCAAAUGAAAUCAAGAAAAAGAUUAUUUUAAUACAGGGUUUUAUGUCGAAGAGGUGUUGUAAUGUUUAGCUUUUUUUGGUAUGAAGAUAUAUAUUAGGUACUACAGUGGAUUUUUACUGCUAGUUUUAGGUGGUGGAAGAGGACAAUGUGCACAGAUAUCGGGGGCACUUUUGGUUAGUGUGCACAGUUUUUUGGUGCUCCUUUUUUUUUCUUUUCUUUUUUUUUAAGCCCACAACCCCCGUCCCACAACACACACUUGUGCCUCUUAACCGGCCUGUGUCAGUGUAAAUGGACUCCGGACCAUCUGAUCUACCUACCUUCAUCCUUACGUUCUCAUCAUUUCAACUUGAGGUGGAAUGUUGAAGUUAUGUCACAAGUGCUACCAAAAUGAAUGCAAUGUAUGGUGCCUGAUCUUUUUUUUUUUUUUUUUUUUUUUUUUUUUUUUUUUUUUUUUUUUUACCUUGGUACAUUAUUAGCAACUUCUUGAGGUAAAAAAAAAAGAAUGUAGAUGUUGAUUGAUGAUUUGUAUCUAUUAUGUGCUCUAAUUCCCUGAUGGGUGUUUGAGUAUAUCGUUACCAGCUGACAAGCACAACAUAGGAUUUUCUUUAUCUUCUAAUGUUCUAAUCGGGUCUGUAAGUUGCAUUAGCUUGCCAUUUCAUCUCUAAAAUGACGCUGCCUCAUGUAGCUUUUGUACAGUAACUUAUGCAUGUAUUCUAACGUCCUUGUAAACAUGCUUUUAAACCUGACAUAGAUGGUCCAAGAUACAGUAUUCAGAAUGUUUCCAUAUGCAAAACUAAGGGGAAAGUAAUACAUUUUUUUGAGUAAUUGAUUGAAUUGAUCAGAUUUGGGGGCUUUGAAUAUGCAUUUUGAGAAAAUUGAAAUGAAUUGGCUUGAUUCACAUUUGUCAGUUCUGAAACAAUUUGCUGCAGUUAAGAUGGAUGGUAAUUAAUGAAAACAAACUUUGUGCCUCUGGUUGAAAUUGACAGCUUGAUUGUAAGCUUACAUGAAAUUCUCUUUUAAAAAAAAAAACACAAAGUGAUGUUACCAACUAACAGACUUCCAAAUCAACGAGGACAUCACGAAUCUGACUUCAAAGGAACGACAAAGCUACACACACAAAAUACUCCCGCCUUAAUUUCAAAUAACAAAGCGGUGCUUCAGGAGCUUGAUCUGGCAUGACCUCUGUGUGCUACCAGUUCAAUUCAUUUUUAUGUUCCACCAACAUUUCCACCAGGGCUUGUGCAUGUGUUCGUGUCAUGUGGAAGAGAUGAGUCGAGUGUGAAGAUACCCAACUUUGUGAGAGUGGGAGGAAACGCUUUUCGGUGAUGAUGGUAAAUGUCUGUGCUUGCGGGCCAGGGCAGCAACAGUUUCCAGCUGGCAGAGAGUCGGUCCGGCUGCUGGAUGUUGUUCAUUUGAUCCACAGAGCUCCAGUCUAGCGAUGUAAAGUUGAGUUGGACAGGAGUCGGAAACCCUACCAUCAGCCUUUGGCCCACAAGAACAGAAAAGGACUCGUUUUCUGAGGAGAGACUGAGAUGAGUAAAAAACAAAACAAAA